AUGUUGGGCAGAUUCAGCGCAAACUCGAUGAAGGGUGUCACACAGCUGUUGACAAAGAGUGGAGUCAAUUCACAACUGUUGCAGCGAUCAUACUACAGAAUGCCAGAGGUGCCCUAUCAGACCAAGGGUCUGUCGCCCUUCCUCUCCGAUAAGGCCAUCGCUGCCCAUCUCGAGUUGCAUCGUGCUGACAUUGACAAGGCUAACAACCUCAUCGAUAACACUCCAUACAAGGACCAACAGAUCAUGCAUACUCUGAAAGCAUCAUGCACUGAUAAGGAGGAUGCAACAUUCUUCCGUCUGGCUUCAUCCCAUUUCAACCAUUCAUUCUUUUGGCGCAGCAUCACCGAUCGUGUCACCACACCAUCGACCUUCAUGCUCAAGGCAUUCCGCAUGGACUUUGGUUCCUUCAAGGACUUCCAGAUCAAAUUCUCGCAGAAUGCAUCAGCAAUGGCAGCACCAGGAUACACUUGGUUGGUGUUCCGUGGUAAAUCACUAGAGAUCCUGAACACCUAUGAUUACGGUUCACCAUACGAGAUGGAGAACACCUAUCCACUGCUCUGUCUCGAUCUCCACGAACACUCCUACUAUCUCGACUAUCAGAACAACAAAUAUAGAUAUAUCGCCAACUAUUGGAACUUUAUCGAUUGGGACUUUGUGGAGGAGAAGUUUAUGAAUGCUUUGCUUUUCGAUAAGGAGACAAAGACUAGAGUGGAGGGUCAGACAUUGGACGAGUAA